AUGUCGAAUAACGAAAAAGUUCACUCUACCCCUGCCCCGGCCUACGAACAACAUCAGGAAUUCCACGAGCUCACGCCCACCCAACCUCCAACGGCCUACAUGCAACCACCGAUGCAACCACCGGCCCAAAAUCAAGGCGUACAACCCGGUACGGCUCACCCAAGCGGAUACAACACCUCGUCCCCUCUGCAUGCGCUACAACGAGCUCCUGCUCCGGUAGACUGUCCCGUAUGUGGCCAGCGGGAGAUGACACGCGUGGAAGCAGAGUCGGGGAAGACAACCCAAAUGGACGGAGAGCCAAGGGAAAAGGCGCGGUGUGGAAGCCCUGAGAAGUCAAGGAGUAUCAAUCUGAACUUUGAUGUGGGUAUAGAGCCCUACAAGAAGUAUUGGUACGCAGACAUGAUUGCUGAGAAGAGGUGA